UUUUUUUUUACAUUUAUAUUACUAUUACUACUGUUUACACUCCUCUCUGACAUAUAUAUAUCAUCAUGGCACAUGUGGCUAUGUUGAACAGUCAGGAGAACCUUACAAGAAUCUUCAGUGACUUGAAAUCAAAACAUGAAGAACGAAGAAUAAAAGCUGCUGAUGAAUUACGUGAAACGGUCGCCACUGCCUCUAGAGAACUCUCUGACGAGAACCUCAUACGAUUAACCAAUGAUGUCAACAAACGUAUAUUUGAAUUAGCUCAUGGUAGUGACAAUCAUGAAAAAUUAGGUGCCAUCAUAGCCAUAGAUCGUCUGAUAGACUUGGAACCUGAAGGAAAUUCAAGUCGAUACAAUAGUUAUCUUAGUUUGAUGUUACCAUAUAAUGAUCCUUUGGUGAUGAUACCAGCUGCUCGUGCAUUAGGUCGACUUGCCAUUAGUUCUUCAACUUUUACAGCAGAUUUUGUCGACACGCAAGUAGAACAUGCUUUAGAAUGGUUACAAGGAGACCGAAGUCGUUUAGCUGCUGUUCUGGUACUCCGUGAACUUGCUAUCAAUGCCCCAACUCUUAUAUAUGCCUAUGUCCCUCGUAUUUUGGAAUUAGUCUGGUUGGCUUUACGUGAUUCAAGACCUAUCAUUCGGGAAAAUGCUGCUGAUUGUUUAAGUCAAUGUUUGGAAAUUGUACAACAACGUGAAACUCCCUUACGUCGAACAUGGUAUGCUCGUAUUUGGGAAGAAGUUAAUCGUGGACUACGCAAUGGUAGUGCUGAAACAAUCCAUGGAAGUUUAUUGGUGAUGCGCGAAUUAUUAUUACAUGCAGGCAUGUUUAUGACAGAUAUGUACAGAGACGUAUGUGAUAUUACACUUCGAUUCAAGGAUUCAAGAGAUCUUUUGAUUAGAAAAACUGUAGUGGCUAUUAUACCCACCUUGGCAAGCUAUGACCCAACUACCUUUGCUGAACUAUAUUUACGAAAAUCCAUGAGUCAUCUUCUCAGUUUAUUAAAGAAAGAUCGCGACAAGCGUGAUGCAUUCAUUACCAUUGGAAAAAUCGCUAUACAAGUUAAAAGUAAUAUAGGUCCCUAUUUGGAUGCUACUUUGUUAUGCAUCAAGGAAACAUUGACUGUGAAAGGUCGUCAAAGAAAAGAAAUCGAAGCUCCUAUAUUUGUCUGUAUUAGUAUGUUGGCCACAGCGGUUGGACAAGCCCUUACAAAAUAUAUGCACGAUCUUUUGGAUUUGAUGUUUAAUUGUGGAUUAUCUGAAUCUUUGGUUUCUGCUUUAAGCAAUAUUGCUGAUCGAAUUAAACCAUUAUCACAUGUCAUUCAAGGUCGUCUGCUUAAUGUUAUAUCUGUUACUCUCAGUGGACAACCAUAUAAACAACCUGGCGCACCGACAAAUAGAAACAUCAUCCAAACAGUUGAACGGCCUCUUCGUGAAGGCACAGUGAAUGACACCAAAGACAACUAUAUUAUUGUACUUGCUCUGAAAACACUAGGUUCAUUUGAUUUCUCAAGUCAUAUCCUCAACGAAUUUGUACGUGAUUGCAUUGUAAAUUACUUGGACGAUGAUAUGCCAGAAAUCCGUAAAGCUGCUGCUGUGACAUGUUGUCAACUUUUUGUUCGGGAUCCUAUUUGUAAUCAAACAAGUGCUCAUGCUAUCAAAGUUGUUGGAGAAGUACUAGAAAAACUUUUAACUGUUGGUAUAGCCGAUCCUGAUGCUGGUAUUCGACAAACAGUACUUUCUUCUUUGGAUAUAAAAUUUGAUCGUCAUCUUGCGCAAGCCGAUAAUGUCCGAUCUCUCUUUAUAGCACUCAAUGAUGAGGUAUUCUCUAUUCGUGAAAUCGCCAUUACAAUCAUUGGACGACUGACAACAUAUAAUCCUGCCUAUGUUAUGCCAUCUCUAAGGAAAACUUUGAUUCAACUACUGACAGAAUUGGAAUACUCUGUGGUGAGUCGACACAAGGAAGAAUCCGCUCGAUUAGUCUCUUUAUUGGUUAGUGCUGCUCAACGACUAACUAAACCAUAUAUUGAACCAAUCUUGAAAGUAUUAUUACCAAAAGCUCGUGAUGCUUCUCCUGGUGUAGUAUCUGCUGUUUUGGGUGCUUUGGGCGAACUGGCUGCUGUUAGUGGAGAAGACAUGAUUCCUCAUUUGGAUGAACUGAUGCCUUUGAUUAUGGAAACCUUACAAGAUCAAAGUUCAAGUGCCAAACGUGAUGCUGCUCUGAAAACCUUAGGUCAACUUGCAAGCAAUACUGGUUUUGUCAUUGAACCUUACACCAAAUAUCCUGCCCUUCUAAGUAUCCUUAUCAACAUUCUCAAGACAGAACAAAAUGUAGCCAUUCGACGUGAAACAGUGAAACUGAUGGGUAUUCUUGGAGCUCUUGAUCCUUAUCGACACAAAAUGAAUGCCGUUGAUGGGUUUAGUGAAGCCUUGGUAGAUCCCAAAUUGGCAAGUAAUGAUGUCACUCUACUUAUGAUGGGUGUUGGACCUUCUUCUGAAGACUAUUAUCCUCAAGUCGUGAUGCAUUCUUUGAUGAAGAUUUUACGUGAUCCAUCACUUAGCCAACAUCAUUAUCCAGUCAUUGAAGCCAUUAUGUCUAUAUUCAAAACUUUGGGUCUCAAGGUUGUUCAAUUCUUACCACUGGUGAUUCCUGGAUUCUUAUCUCUGAUGCGAUCUUGUACUCCAAAUAUGUUGGGUUCUUACUUUCACAAACUUAGUGAAUUGGUUGGUAUAGUCAAACAACAUGUUCGAAACUAUCUCAUGGAUAUCUUUGACCUUAUUGAUGAAUAUUGGACUCCUGAAUCAUCGAUUCAAAUUACCAUUAUUUCUUUGAUUGAAUCUAUUGCCAAGGCUUUGGAUGGUGAAUUAAAGGUUUAUUUACCUCGAUUGUUACCUCAUAUGUUACAAAUCUUUGAUGGUGAUCUUUCUGAAAGACGACAACCAACUAUUCGUGUCCUUCAUGCAUUCGUUGUUUUUGGUGCCAAUAUUGAAGAAUAUAUGCAUCUUGUUAUACCAGCCAUUGUCAAAUUCUUUGAAAAACCCGAUGCUCCUAUUGCUGUUCGCCGACAAGCUAUGGUCACAAUUACUUCUUUAUGCAAAAAGGUCAAUAUGUUUGAUUAUGCUUCUCGUAUCAUACAUCCUUUGGCCCGCAUAUUACCGGUUCUACCAAAUGACGCUAGAAACUCUGCUAUGGAUUUACUUUGUGCUCUUGUUUUCCAAUUGGGGACCGAUUAUGCUAAAUUUAUUCCUGUGGUGAAUAAGGUCUUAAUGAAAUAUCGAAUCACACAUACAAAUUAUGAAUUAUUGGUUGGAAAACUCCUCAAGGGUGAAAAUCUUCCACAAGAGUUAGGCAAGACACUAGAUGAUCGAGAUACCAAAGGUGAUGAAACACCGUCUGCAGAUUUAAGUACAUCAAAGAAGCAACCAGUCAAUCAACAACAUUUGAAAAAGGCGUGGGAAGCUUCACAACGGUCUACAAAAGAAGAUUGGAUGGAAUGGAUUCGACGACUCAGCUUGGAACUUCUUAAGCAAUCUCCAUCUCAUGCUCUACGAGCUUGUGUUUUUUUGGCAGGCUAUUAUCCUCCUCUUGCACGCGAACUAUUCAAUGCUGCUUUCGUGUCAUGUUGGAAUGAAUUAUAUGAUCAAUAUCAAGAAGAACUUGUCCGUUCUCUGGAAACAGCUCUCAAGGCUCCCAACAUUCCACCAGAAAUCAUUCAAAUCCUUCUACAUUUGGCCGAAUUCAUGGAACACGAUAACAAAAUGCUUCCUAUUGAUAUCCGAACAUUGGCUGUCUAUGCUCAAAAGUGUCAUGCUUAUGCUAAAGCUCUUCAUUACAAGGAAACUGAAUUUCAUUUGGAACAAUCAUUCGAAGCCGUGGAAAUGCUCAUGUCAAUCAACAACUUACUUCAACAACCGGAUGCUGCCAUGGGUAUAUUGACAUUUGCGCAAGAUUCUCUCAAACUAGAAAGGAAGGUAUCAUGGUAUGAAAAACUUCAUCGAUAUCAAGAUGCAUUGGAUGCUUACGAAGCUCAACAAAAAGAAAACCCCAACUCAAUGGAAAUUACUCUUGGUCGUAUGCGAUGUUUACAUGCUCUUGGUGAAUGGGAUCAACUAGCUACCUUGGCUCAAGAGAAAUGGAUUCAUGCACCUCCCGAAAAUAGAAAGAAUAUGGCACCAUUUGCCGCUGCUGCUGCAUGGGGUUUAGGACAUUUUGAACAAAUGGAAGAAUAUAUCGCUUUGCUCAAGACUGAAGGCCCUGAUCGUACGUUUUUCCGAGCUAUUCUUGCUAUUCAUCGAAAUCGAUAUGCUGAAGCGGAAAAAUUCAUCAACAAGACUCGGGAUUUAUUAGACACAGAAUUAACUGCUUUACUAGGUGAAAGUUACAAUCGUGCUUAUGCUAUUGUGGUACGAGUACAGAUGCUAGCGGAACUGGAAGAAAUGAUCAUUUACAAACAAUCGACAAAUGACAUUGAACGGCAAAAUGUAAUUCGAAGAACAUGGAUGAAACGAUUGGAAGGAUGUGAACGAAAUGUUGAAGUAUGGCAACGAAUUUUACGUGUACGUGCUAUGGUGAUCUCUCCUCAAGGUGAUAUGGAAAUGUGGAUCAAAUUUGCAAACCUCUGUCGAAAGAGUGGACGAUUCUCCUUAUCUGAAAAAACAUUACGAAGUUUGAUGGAAAUGGAUAAUGGUGAACAAGGAACAAACUCUCCUCAUCCCAAGAUUGUCUAUGCUCAAUUGAAACAUAUGUGGCAUUCCUCAGAUCAAAAUGCAAAUGGACAAGCUCAGGCACUUAGCAUCCUUCGUGACUUUACAGCUCAGAAAACUCAAGAUUUGGGACUGAAUCCUGACGAAAUGGCAGUCAGUAUGCCAAUUGAUCCAAGUCGAAUCUCAGAUGAUGUUGCAGAAUAUACUCGAUUACUUGCAAGAUGUUACUUACGACAAGGUGAAUGGCAACGUGCUCUGUCUUACGAACUGACUGAAGAAACAAUACCUGAUAUCCUUCGCUCAUUUUUACUGGCUACAAGAUUUGAUCAAAACUGGUACAAGGCAUGGCAUGCUUGGGCUUUGGCGAAUUUCAAUAUUAUUGAUUAUCAUGAAAAACUUCAUCAAGAUCAAUUACCUCCUCAAGUCUUUACUCAUCAUGUAGUUCCUGCCGUACAAGGUUUCUUCCGUUCUAUUGCUCUGUCUAAAGAAAAUUCACUACAAGAUACCUUACGUUUACUUACUCUAUGGUUCAAAUAUGGUUAUCAAGCGGAAGUCAGUACUGCUAUCAGUGAAGGUUUUGGUACCAUUAGUAUUGAUGUUUGGCUUCAAGUGAUCCCUCAAUUGAUUGCCCGAAUUCAUGCUCCCAAUGCUACAGUACGGCUGUUGAUUCAUCAAUUACUUACUGAUAUUGGUAGAGAACAUCCUCAAGCUCUUGUCUAUUCUCUUACUGUGGCAUCCAAAUCUCAAAGUGUUCCAAGAAAGAGAGCGACUUUUGCUAUUAUUGAUCGAAUGCGUAUGCAUAGUGCUGCUUUGGUGGACCAGGCUUUGAUGGUUAGUCAGGAACUGAUUCGUGUAGCUAUACUUUGGCAUGAAAUGUGGCACGAAGGUCUUGAAGAAGCAUCACGACUUCAUUUUAUCGAACGAAAUGUGGAAGCCAUGUUUGCGACUUUGGAACCCCUUCAUCAAAUGCUAGACCGUGGACCAGAAACAAUGCGUGAAGAAUCAUUUGUACAGGCAUUUGGACGUGACUUACAAGAAGCUCAAGAAUGGUGUCAUCGAUAUCAAGAAACUAGAGAUCUCAAUAAUCUGAAUCAGGCAUGGGAAUUAUAUUACCAAGUGUUUAAACGUAUUCAAAGGCAAUUACCACAACUGACAAGUUUGGAAUUACAAUACAUCUCACCACGUCUAUUGGAAGCCCGGAAUUUGGAAUUAUGUGUACCAGGAUAUUAUCGUAGUAAUGAACCCAUUAUUCGUAUUGCCAAAUUCAAUCCUAGUUUAUCAGUGAUUGCGUCCAAGCAACGACCAAGGAAAUUGACUAUUGUGGGUAGUGAUGGCAAGGAUUAUAUGUAUUUACUCAAGGGACAUGAAGAUCUACGACAAGAUGAACGUGUCAUGCAACUCUUUGGAUUGGUUAACACUUUACUCAAGAAUGAUGCCGAAACAUUCAAACGUCAUCUCAGUAUUGAACGAUGUGUUGUUGUACCAUUGUCUCCUAACUCUGGUUUGAUUGGCUGGUUUGCUGAUACAGAUACUUUCCAUACAUUGAUCCGUGAUUACCGUGACAGCAAGAAAAUUUUACUCAACAUUGAACAUCGACUGAUGCUCCAGAUGGCACCCGAUUAUGAUAAUCUUACAGUUAUUCAAAAAGUGGAAGUAUUUCAAUUUGCAUUCGAAAAAACUGGUGGUCAAGAUCUUUAUUGGGUUCUCUGGCUCAAGAGUCGAAAUUCAGAAGCUUGGUUAGAUAGACGUACGAAUUAUACUAGAUCGUUGGCUGUGAUGUCUAUGGUUGGCUAUAUUUUGGGAUUGGGUGAUCGUCAUCCAUCCAAUUUGAUGCUUCAUCGGGUGACUGGCAAGGUAGUCCAUAUUGAUUUUGGCGACUGUUUUGAAGUGGCCAUGCAUCGUGAAAAAUUCCCUGAAAAGAUUCCUUUCCGUUUGACUCGUAUGUUGGUCAAGGCCAUGGAAGUUUCUGGUAUUGAAGGCAACUUUAGAAUUACAUGUGAACAUGUCAUGCGCGUCUUAAGGGAAAACAAGGAUAGUCUGAUGGCUGUAUUGGAAGCAUUUGUUUAUGAUCCAUUGAUCAAUUGGCGUUUACUGAAUAAUACAAAUCCUAGUCCAGUACAAAACAGAGAUGAACGUCUGCUUGGCAUGGAUCGAUUGAAUAAUGAAGAUAUGGCUGAAGAUGGACAUCGAAACUUCUCAGUGAGUAGACGAUUGAAUCGUAUCGAAGUGGAGGCUGUGGCAAAUGAAAAUGUGGCUGGUCCUGAAAUGCUGAACUCUAAGGCUGUAGUAGUAGUGAACAGAGUCUCCAACAAAUUGACAGGUCGUGAUUUUAACCCUAGGGUAACCUUGGAUGUUCCAACUCAAGUAGACAAGUUGAUUCAACAAGCCACUUCUCUUGAAAAUCUAUGUCAAUGCUAUAUUGGAUGGUGCGCGUUCUGGUAAUGACAAUCAAUAUCAAGAAACCAUGGAAAUUUGAUUCAAACAAUCCUAUCUAUAUCACCUCAAAAACUUUACAAUAGCAUACAUAACAGCACAAAUUGUACCAUAGAACCUGUCUUUUUCCCCCUUUACCCCCAAUACAUUUUUAUGUAUUAUAUCAUCAUUUUUUUUUGGGCAAACAUAUAUCUAGUUUGUUUAUUUUAUUGUUUUUUAUUCGAAUAAAAGGAUGAUGAUGACUAUAAA